GGAAAAGAACAAGCAGUUAUGCAGGAAGGGGGCAACUAAGUUCCCCGUUUUGGAGGGGCGCGAUAUUUUCGUAUCCGGGUUUUUCUCGCACUCGCCGCUCGUUUCUCGUUAGUCUCGCAAUCGGAUUCCGAGCGUUCGAAUCGUGCGUUCGCAGCUUGUCCACCCUUCUCGCGCUAUUAAAGACUACACGAGAUCGUUCUUUUCGUUAGUAAAACAGUUUCUUCGGCCACAUGAUGAGCACGUUGUCAGAUGAGUGUCUCUGUUGAUUUUUAUAAUUGCUAAAUCAUUUUUAGUGAUUUUUAGAAUCGCUAGAUCGCUCUAAAUAAUUUAACAGAAAUCGAUGGAUACGCGAUUUAAAGAUAUAGAAGAAAAAGAACGGGAAAAAUUUGUGAGAAUUUGUGUAGCCUUGAUCAGUGCAAACUCCUCUCUAUAUAGAAAGUUCGAAAGUUCGAAAGUUCGCGAAAGUACAGACUUCACAGUGUGUAUGCAACAGACUUUAACGGUGUGCGAAUGUGACUUUGCAGAGUAAGAAUUUAUGACAUCACGUGACGGGCGAAUAUAUAUUACUGAAUAUAAAUUAAUUACAAAAAAAGGAGAAGAAACGAAAAUAUCAUUUAUAUAAAAUGACAAGAGAAAAUAUAAAUUAUACAUAAAACGAAAAAAAAAUAUAAAAGAUAUAAGGAGACAAUAUAAUAAAGUAAAAUCGCGCAAAAAGUUGUCAAGAAAUAGGAAGAAAAAAGAAGGAAAGAAAAAUAAAUAGGCAAGAUAAAUAUUAGAAAAAAGCCAUAAGCAGGAAAAAAGGGACAAAAUUAGAAAAAAAUAGAACGAAAGUAGAAAGAGGAACUAAGAAAAAGAAAUAUAAAAGGAAGAAAAUGAUAAGAAAAAAUAAUUAAAGAAAUUUAAGAGAAAUAUAGAGACUAUCGUAUGCAUAGAUACGACUAACUUCAGAGUGAGCUAGCAGUGGCAGAUCUCAUGUGAGCGUGUCCGCGACCAUUUGAGUCGCGAUUACAACUGAUCGAUCGUAGCAUGUAUGCUCUACAGAAGCCAAGAUUUCUUCAACAUGAUAGCACCUUGUCCGCGUGUCAAGUGUGCGAGGAAUUUCUGCAGGGUUACCAUGAGCUCUUACGGUAUAUGGACAUCGGAGAGGACAUCGGUAUCCCCGAAGAAUUCACAAAAGAUGAAAUGGUGUCGGGAAUGUGGUGGCGGCAUUUAUUAUCCGGCGGGAUAGCUGGUGCAGUAUCACGUACCUGCACCGCUCCCCUUGACCGCAUCAAGGUCUUCUUGCAGGUCCACAGCACACGACACUGCAAUAUCGCGAGUUGCUUCAUGUACAUGUUGCGCGAGGGUGGCUAUAAGAGCUUUUGGCGCGGCAAUGGCAUUAACGUGCUCAAGAUUGGCCCGGAGAUGGCGCUCAAGUUUAUGGCGUACGAGCAAGUGAAGCGGGCUAUCAAGGCGGACAACGAGACGUGUGAGCUCAAACUCUAUGAGAGAUUUUGCGCUGGCUCAGUGGCUGGCGGUAUCAGCCAAUCGGCUAUUUACCCCCUCGAGGUGCUGAAAACAAGACUCGCGCUGCGAAAAACGGGCGAGUUUAACGGUAUGUUAGAUGCAGCUAAAAAAAUAUAUAAACAAGGUGGCUUAAAAUCCUUCUAUAGAGGCUACAUACCUAAUUUGAUAGGAAUACUUCCAUAUGCCGGCAUCGAUUUAGCCGUCUACGAAACCUUGAAAAAUAAAUACCUACGUACACACGAUAAAAAGGAACAACCGCCGUUUUGGAUUCUGUUAUUGUGUGGCUCAGCGUCGAGCACAGCGGGCCAGGUAUGCUCGUACCCGUUGGCAUUGGUACGAACGCGAUUGCAAGCCGAAAUUUCGCCAGAUCGUUCGCCCAACACCAUGACGGGAGUUUUUAAGGACAUUCUGAACCGUGAAGGAGUACGCGGCCUGUAUCGCGGCCUCACACCCAACUUUCUCAAGGUUGCACCUGCAGCAUCUAUUAGCUAUUUAGUAUACGAGUAUUUUCGGCUGGCGCUGGGCGUAAACAUGACGUGAUGAAUAUGCAUACUAGGAUUAAUUUAAUUAAUUAAUUAACUUAUUCUCUUUUUCCUUCUCUCUCUUCUCUUUUUGUUCGACAUAAAUAAUCAUCGACAGGCGAAUAUAUGGCCAUUUGAUUAAGCAUGUUCGUUCGUUUUAUCUCGAAGAGAAAAAAGAUAAGUAAAAAAAAUGCGACCUUUAUUUAUUAUUAUUGCCAACUUGAAAAAUUCCUUAGAUAAAUCGAGCGUUCUAUAUAUGGCGCAGUUUUUUAUGAUUUAUUAAAAUUUAAAUAUACUUUAAUAUUUUAAUAUUAAUAAAUGAUACAAAAAAUAACUGUGAACUAAUUAUACAAAAAAUAAAUGUGAACUAAUAUAACAUCGUAAUUACCAAUUUUUUUCAACAGUUACUGUCAUACAUAUUGUUAUUACUAUAAUAUAUAACAAUGUCUGAUUUUGAUGAGUAAGUAUAAGGCAGAGUUAUAUGUUUCACGUGUAAAAAAAAUAGUUUUUUAUUUGUAAACGAAUAUACUAAAUAGUAAGUUUUGAAUGACAGUGAUCGAAGAAAGAAAGGCCAGUUCUCGAUUAUUAUUUAGUAUAAAAAUGAAUUUUACCGAUGGAAACAUUCAAGUCAGUACAAAAAAAAGAGAAUUUGCGUAUUAUAUAUAUUAUUAUAAUUAUCUAUUUAGAUAUAAUUAUAAAGUUUAUUGUAAUUUACAAGGAAAGUGACUUAUAAACAAUUAUAUUUUAUUUUAAUGAAAAAGGAAUUUAUAAAUUGCUAGACAUUUAUACAAGAUUAAUUUAAAAGUAAAAAUAUUAAUUGAAUUUAAUUUUCUCAAUUUUCUUUAAUUUUACCUUUUUAAAUAAAAAGAUACAAUUAUUAAUAUAA